UUCGCAUGGGCCGACAUUGCUGGUGCUAAGCCCAGCUGAACAAUCCCCGCCCAGUUAGGCAUACUGAUCCUCCCCUGGCCACUUCACUGGUGUGAGGCAGUGCAUUAUUCUAUAAGUCAAUCACGCCUCUCUUCUAUCGAGUAUGUAUGCAAUUAUCUCAGGCGUAAACGCGCAGCAACCGUGGCCAUAAUGGAAGCCAUAUCCUCAGAUCGGCCCCGACCAGAAUUGAGUACUGUCAAUGGUUACAGCAGGAAAUUUGGACGAUACGACUUCAAGCGGUUCGAUCACCUUGUUUCUAGCCAUGCCUCACUUGGCGCGGCCUCGCUAGGCAAGAUUCACGUGGAUUGCAGGUUUCUAUUCAAGAAGUCGAAGUGGGGGACAUUAGAGGGUCGUGACUCGGCAGGCAUCGUCUAUCUAGAUUUGGCUUUUAGUCAACCAAGCGACUGUCGCUUGAAGAGCGCAACUGUGCAGGUGACGUUAGACGAUCACGACGAGCAUCUUGUCAGGGAGUUUCCGCAUCCGGGAUCCACAACGCCGGUUCAAAUCGUCAAGUAUGGUCCAAGACAAAUGACCGGGCAGCCACAGUAUGAGCAAGUUACCACUCAUAAUAGGUUCAUCCCCUCAGUUGAGGUAGGACCGUUCGGAGGUGCCGGGGGCGUGGGCAGAGAGUCGGCCAAAGUUACAGUGAGAGAGUGUCGGUGGACAUUUGAGAGUCAUUUGAUGACAGGACGCAAAAGAGGACAAGACAAUUGGGCAUACAAAGUUCUACAAUGGCAAAUCACCGAGAACGAGUUGGAAGCUCAGUCGUCACAUAAUAACGUUGUCCACACUGCAUUCUCAUUUGUUCAUGGCGGUCAGCCCUUCUUCAUGCGCGUUGAAGUUAGCGGGAAGCUCGAGAGCAGGACGUCAGACCUCGGGCAUCAGAUUAGACACAAGAUGAGGAAGCUUAAGUUCGCAUCUAAUCCACAUAACGCGAAGUACGCUACAACGCUCGUCAACUUCAACGGGCGACAUAGAUUCACGACACCACUCGACGGUCUCGUUCAAGGCCUCGAGCUAGCGAUGGAACAUGAAAACAUGACUGCUCCAGUUGAAGUAAGAAGAGCCCAACAGCCGACAUUCUUCGACGACCCGCCGCAAGCACCAGUUCCACAACCUUCGGUUGUCAAUAACACGAGCCCCCAAGCGCUAUUAGAAGAGCACGAAGAUCCCACCGCACCAACGAUUGAGAACAUAGCUUCGCUUUCCUCGAGGUGGCUGACAGCACCACCUGUCAUUCCUCUGAACCCUAUCUGCAACUCUAAUAAUGACGAUUCAAGAAGGCCCGUUAGCACAGUAUACUCGACCCCGCCACCUUCUCAACACCAUGAUGAGCACGUGUCCCUGAUGGGAGAGAGCACAGAGAGCCAGAAUUCGAACCUCGCAAGCCCCCAAACGGAGCUCGAGCAGGAAGGAAGGGCUCUUCCAACCACUAGUCGCUUCAAUAGUGGUCAGGCGCGAUCAUCCGCAGGCCAGAUAGAUCUUGGUACUGUUGUGUUUUUAAUGAGGAUAUGGAUGUUGCAGACAUUGGCAACUUUGUUGGGCUAUGGGAAUAAUAGACCUAACCAAUAAAGACAGUUGAGAUAGGAUUCGUCAUAUUUAUUAGUGCGAACCGAAGCGUCAACGAAAUAUGUCAUGCAAAAUCGGUUCCACGUAACCAAUUGCUCGACUAUUUUUCAGAACAGGGUUGAUUGUUCUAUGCACAUUAUUCCAGAGCUGACAAGCUGCACCAAUAAUCACUAAUAGUGACCCUUCAGUAUGAACAAUGAUGUGUAUGCUUUCUCAAACACAAGAUGUGAGGUCUCUCCCGGCUAGUCUCUGUCCUUCCCGCCAUUCGUCUUCGAGAAUGCCAUAGAUGAGACCAUCAUGCCAGCUUAAGA